AUGACGUCCCAAGUGGACACUGGGGAGACGUGCCCGACUCCCUCCGGCGUCGGGGGGGGGAGCCUUUUCCCGCAAGCGUCUCAGCCCGCUCCUGGGUCGGCGUCGACGUGCGUCAAUCGGCCGCCUCAGGGAUGGCGCCCCCGUGAAACUCUUUGCUUUGGCAGGAACGCGUCAGGCACACAGAUGCAUUCACUCCAGACCGAGACAUUGCACCCCAUCGGAAGCGGCGCCAGGACGCCUGGCGCGGGUGAGCCUGAGACGCCGCUUCCGCCCGGAGUCCCGCCGUCCCAGUCUCCCCGCGCUGAGUCUGUGUCUUUCUUCGCGUCUCAUCCUGGCCCGACUCUGCUGACUUCGCCGUGUCCGUCAUCUUCUCUCGGCGUGGCCGCGUAUCCCCAUCAUCUUCCGACGUUCUGCCCAAAAACGUCCAAGCCCGAGAAGUCUGCGUCGCCGGCAGUGGCUCCACGUGCCGGAGCGUGGUCUCCGCUCGACGGUGACGCCAAAACCGCGCCCUGCCACACAGAGAGACUCGCCUCUUCUCCAGAGUGUGAAGGGACCGUGUUGCCUCAUUUCGACGCAGGCACCGCCCGACCCAGUGCUCUGUCCGUAGACGACUCUCCUGCUGGACAGCUCCGGCCGCAAACGCCUGUCUACACGAACUGCGCGCAUGACGUCUUCUCCCCGGCCAGCGUCCGCCACUCAACCGUCCAAGCCGCUGCAGCGGCAGCGGCUGCGGCUGCGGCCGCGGCCAGCGCAGCGGCUGUCGCGGCAUCGGCUGCAGUGGGUUGGACUGCGUUUGGAAGGGACGGGUUUGGUGCGGGCCGCGGCGAUUUCCACGCGAGUUGUUUGCCCUCAGCCGGUUUCGAGGAAACCGAAGCAACCAGGACGCCGCACAGAGCUCACGCGGGGGACAGCGCGGUCGGAGACGCAAGGUGUCUGUUCCCCAGGGACGCAGGAAGGCAACUGAGGGCGGAAGCGCCGCGGGCUCCCCUCGCCACACUUGGUGGGGGCGGUGGGGAACCCGUGGCCGGGGACAGAGACCGCGAGAAGGGAGGCGCAAAAGGAAAGAAGUGGCCAGGCACUCGCUGCGGCUCAGUGCCGGGGCAGUUGAACUCUGAUGAAGAAACGGAUCUCGAGGCGCAGUACGGCGAGGACGAAGCAGAGGGGUCAGACAACUCCUCUGGCGGAAACGGCGUUGAGUAUUCUCGACGGAGCUCGUGCUGCUCGGCGGCGCCUGGAAGUCGGAGCACGUGGGACGAAUUUUGCCUGCGACCGCAGCCAGCGACGCAGUCGGAUGCGGCCGGUCCUGUCUCUCAGCCCCGCGAGUCUCAUCCCGCGGCUUUGCCGCCAGACCUCCCGAAACGCGGAAUCGAGGAGGAAGGCGCUCAACACGUCCCAACGGAUGGCGACGUUUCGCGGCGGGAUGAACGUGUGUCUUCCUGCGGAACGGGUGCUGCGGGAGGCCCCCAAGACGGCGGAGGGUCUCCUCAUGCGCGGCCUGCAUUCUGCGGGAACUCCGCACCGGAGACGCCUUUCCCAGGGUCGCUGGCACCUUGCUCGGGAUCGUGGGAAGCCGCGCUGAGUGCCCGACAAACGACGCAGCCUCGGCCACCCCUGCCCCUGGGGUGGAUGUGUGACGAGGCGUCUGAACGCCCGGAAGGCGCGGCCGUUUUCGCCGUUCGUUCCGCCGCCUCGACCUUUGCGUUCGAAAAAUGCCGGGACUAUGGACCGGCUGAGGCGAGUGGUUCCCGGGGAUGCGCGGCGCUCUCGGGAGGGAAGCACGACGGCAGGACUUCGAAUCUGGAGCCCUCACUCCUCGUUGAGUUGCCCACGGAAGGCGGAAAGGAUGACGGGGAGACUUCCGUUGGCGGAUCGGACGACACUGCGUACUGUUCGUCACCUUCCUCUGGGGACCCGUUUUGCGGUUCCGACCUGCAGACUGCUCCUUCCGCACAGGUUCAGGAGUUCAAUGAAAUGGAGUCGACAGCCGCUUCGCUAGGAAGCUCUCAGAGUGUGCUCUUGGACAGAAGCCGCGGAGCACCGGGGGCGCACGUCGGUUCUGCGAGUGGAGACUUGAGCGAAUCCAAGCCUGCAGCCGUGCGUCCGGGAAGUGCAGUCUCGCUGACCGCUUACUCUGUCUCGGUGAGCAACGAGGCGGAGCCUGGGCCCUGGAGCGUGGCGACAGCUGCGGCAGCGCGGGCCGCGGGCGGAAAAGCGGCUCGGUUUCUUACGAGCGGCGGCGAGCUACGGAUACACACGUUACACGGCUGGCAAGUAGACGAUGGCGAGGAGUCCGAAGACAAACCCGUCGAUGUGGAAGGAGGCACUGUUGCAGUCGACCUGUGCGCGAGGCGAAGACACAGAGGAAGAUACAGUGGGAAACGCAAGUGUCCCGACCGUCGAGGGCGGCGAACCCCCGGAGCAGAGACACGUGGGGACCGCUGCACGAGUGCGGAAAGUUUGGAGGAGUUUUCUAGGGCAGCAGGUUCCGGCGACUCCAGAUGCCAGAACGAAGCAAAACACCGCGAGAUGCAGUCCCGGUGUCGAAUGAGGUCUUUUCGAUUUCACACGGGCGAAAAACUCUGCUCUCCGUCGAUCACACUGGAUAGGGGGAGGAGCAACGAGAGCACUGGACGCCAGACCCCCCGGCUCGCGUCUUGGGGUGAACCGCGCGUGUACGAUAGGCAGAAGCAGGCGAUUCUCCAGGCAGCGAAAGCGAAGCAGGAAUGGGCUGUGAAUGCCGCCGCGAGAAAACGCCUGCUGCAACAGUAUACCACGUUGCUGAGGCAGGCGGAGACACACAAGGAAACGGCGAGGAAACAUCGCGACGAGAGCGAACCCCUGCGACGAAGUCUCAUCAACCUAGUCGCCGUCGAAUCCAAGAUGCGGGCCCUACAGAGAUCUGAGAGUUGGAAGAAGCACAUUGGUGCCGCCAUCCACGAUCCGGAUGCCGACCUCUUCUCUUUCAUGGCUGAUUUCGAUGCAGACGUUAACGAGAUUACAGCUUUUGAUUUCUCAGAGCAUACCCUCGAGGCGAUCGUUCGGCGCCCACCUGCCGCAACUCACUGGUACUCCGACUCAGGAAAAGACCAGUCGUUUUGUUCCAGGGCGUUCCUUCUCCUGCUUCGCUGUCUCUGCUGCUACCCUGAUGAAGGUGGAAGACGCUCAGGCGCGAUUGUGCGCUCAGUUAUUUGUUACUUUCUAAUUUGCGCGAGUCUCGUCCUCUGGCUGAGAAGGGCGGUCCACGAUUAG